AACCAUUUUUCGUCCACUUUCAAAUAGCUAUAGACUGCCAAAAUAAUCCCAAUUGAAGAAUAUUGUUUUCCACGGAACUAAAGGAAGUAUAAAGAUAGUAAAAUAUGCAAAUACCGACUGAUGAGAGCAGUAAAACAUACAAUGAAGACAUUGGCAUUGUGAGAGAUCUUUUUCGAUUUGGUUUUCGCCUUGCAUUCUGGGGAAGUUUUAUGUUUUGUUGAUGACGUCACAUGACUGGGAGCGUUGAAAAAAUAAGCCGAAAGCUGUGUAAAUUGUCAACUGUUUACGGGAAACAUGAAGUAAAUCUGUUUCUUAACGCUUUUAUUCUUGGAUACGUACAAUUUUUUACAAGUAGAGGACAAUUCUUCUGUUACCCAUGAAAUCACUGAGAGAAUAGUGUUUUAUAUCAUGUUUCGCUGCUUUGUACCAUGGCGUUGUAAUCGUCAAGUUCAAUAUAUUGACCGAAGACAUUCCAAUUGUUUUAUUCCUGACGAAAUUUAUCGAUAUGAACGUUAUUUACAAGAACUUUUCUUGGAUGCAAACCAAAUAAAAGAUUUACCUCGGGCUUUCUUCAGGUUGUUUAAUUUAACACAUUUGGGAUUGAGUGACAACGAAAUAGCUCGAUUACCGCCUGAGAUUGGAAACCUUACGAAUUUGCAAGAAUUUGAUAUCAGCAGAAAUGACAUUUGUGAUAUUCCUGAAAACAUUAAAUUUUGUAAAGAUCUGAUGAUUGUUGAUUUCAGUGGCAAUCCACUUUCAAGACUUCCUGAUGGAUUUACACAACUAAAGUGUCUUACAAGCUUGUGUCUAAAUGACGUUUCUUUGGUUCGUUUACCUCCAGAUAUUGGAAGGUAG